AUGGCGAGGACCGUCGAAGUUGGUUGGCGUAGCACCACCGUCAAUGUGGAUCAGUCUGUGCAGGAGGACAGGGAGAAGGAGAUUGAGGCUAUCGAGAAUGAUCCUAUGGUGCUCAUUGCCAGCGGUGGCUGGUGUGGCUUGAUGGGUGCUGCGGGGUUUCGUCGCAUGGGCGUUCGCGCAUUAGUUAUCGAGAAGGUGCCUUGCGUCGACAAUGUCUAG